AAUUAAGUAAAAUUGUUUUUAUUAUGUUUAAUGACUUUUUAAGUUUGAUUAUAUAUUUUAAAAAAUUAAGUGAAUUUAUUACUUUUUCUUUACACGUGAUAGUAUGUCGUUUCUUUACACGUGGACGCUGCCAUAGAUGCGGAUAGAAGGGGUUUGGGGUUAUAGUGAGGGACGACGAGGGUUUUGUGCUUUGGGGGGGAGGGUCUGGCUGCUCAAAAGAAACGACGAUGAACAGUGACUGGGCUGAAACGAUGGCGUUUGAAGAAGGGGUUAAUUUGUCCAAGAAUUUAAAUUUGAAAAGAGUAAAUUUCGAGUCUGACAAUGCAAAUAUUGUAGAUAUUACUUUUUUGGGGCAGUGUGCGAAAGAGACAUAUGCGCAUUUGAAGGCUUUUGAGUCAGCGGUCAUCACGGGGGUGCCCAGGAGCGGCAAUAGACUUGCUGAUUUUAUUUGCAAUUUCGUAUUGAAAAUUAAUUGUGCGUGGGUUUUUUAUGCGAAUUAUCCGAAAGAAAUUCACGAUAUUGUAAUUCAGGACGCUAUUAAUGAAAUUUAGGUCUUUAUGGUCUGUUUUUAUCAACAACAAAAAAAAUAGUAUGUCAUCGGUUGAUUUGAAUUUUUUUUAAUGGAAAACUGGGUUGGAGUACUGGAGAUUACAGAACUAAAAUACACGGGCCAAAUUAAUAACAAAAAUAAAAUGCAAAGGCCAAACUCAUAAAAUAAAUAAUACAAAUAUACAGGGGCCAAAAGCGGUAUUAAGCCAAAAUAAAAGAGAAUGAAUUAAAUUGGAAAAGAAGAAAAGAAAAGAAAAGAAAGAAAGAGUAGAAUUAAAAACUAAAUGCUGCUUUUAUCUUUUAAAUAAGCAUUAAUUAUAGGCAAAUUGUCCAUUUGAUGGGGCGAAGGUGGUGUGAAGGAUCCAGUUCUGCACGAGGCCAAGCGGUGGAAGGCACUUUAUUCAAAGACAAUAGUUAAUCCAUACAAGUUCACUCUCAUAUUUACCGCUUUAAUUUUUGUUCACAGAAGAGCACAAUCGUUCUGGUUUCGUUCCGUUUUACGACGCAAGAUCUUUGAGAAGAAUCAGGUGGCCGUUGACCAUCAUAAUAUUUUUCUGCUACUUUAUUCACAAUCAUCACCAAGAUAUGAACCCUAACCUCUAUUAAUUUGUUUUUUUUUUUUGUUUUGUUGAUGAGAAUAUUCUUUUAUCAGAUUGCAAGGAAUUUGGUGAUUACUAUUUUCUGGCUUUUCUUUCUCUUUUGGCCGUCAAGAUCUCCUCAAAGCCAUGUAGGGACGUCAUGGAGGCAGCGGCGGUAGGGGCUCAAGUCUCCAUUGUCAGACUAUUUACGAGGCCUCUGAUUUACCACCUAAAUUUCAAAAAAUAUGUGCAAGAAUUCAGAAUAGCUGAAACUGUGUUGCUAGCCCGGAAGGCAGAUAUUGAAUCUCAAUUGCAAGAACAGCUUCGUUAUGUGGGAGGAAGAGCAACGAGGGCAGUUGAAAUUUGGCUACAAAAAGUACUGGAGGUUAUUAAUGACGCACAAUAUGUUGCAGAUAUGGUCAGGAAAGGGAAAUAUCUUUCGCGUUCUAAAGUAGGGAAGCGUGUUGUACAAAUAACUCUUGAAAUGGAGGAAUUAUGCGCAAAAGUUUAUUCGUUUAAGAGCUUGGUGGUUCAUGAUGCUCCCUCGAUUGAUAUUGUAGGUAAUUCUCCUGUAAUAGAGAAAAUUUACAAUUAUUUGAUAGGGCAGGAAGUUAGAAUGAUUGGAGUGUGGGGGAUGGGAGGAAGCGGGAAAACCACCAUAAUGAGGCAUGUUUACAAAAAAUUGCAGGAAGAAGCUAAAUUUAGUAAAAUGAUUUGGAUAACGGUAUCCCAAAGAUUUGAUAUCCGUAAGCUACAGAAGGACAUUGCACACUUAUUGAGUAAUGACUUGUCAGAUGAUGAGACUACAAUUGAACGUGCAGCAAAGCUAUAUGAAGAGUUGAGGAAAACAGGGAGCUACCUACUAAUACUUGAUGAUGUAUGGCAGAGUUUUUCUCUUGAAAAUGUUGGAAUCCCUGAGCCAUCUGCAGAUAAUGGAUGCAAGAUAGUAUUGACAUCGCGUGCAAGAGAGGUUGUUCAAAAGAUGGGUUGUAAGGAAGUCCAAGUGGCAGUACUUUCUAAGGAUGAGGCCUUCCAGUUAUUCUUAAGCAAAGUUGGAGAAGAUGUGUUGUCGGCUGAUCCAACCAUACGACCAGUUAUGAAAAAUAUAGUUGAGAGAUGCGGUGGUUUGCCGCUUGCAGUUGUCACAGUAGCCAGUUCAAUGAGAGGGGUACAUGAUCCUCUUCAUUGGAGGGAUGUUUUAAACCAAUUGAAAGGAAGCAGAGAUGUGCAGCAUGAUGUGUUCCAUAUUAUUAAAUUCAGUUAUGAUCAUCUAGCAGAAACAUGUAAAUAUUGUUUCUUACACUGCGUACUAUAUCCUGAAGACUAUAGAAUCUCAAAAGAGGAGAUAAUUGAAUAUUGGAUAGAAGAAGGACUUUUAGAUGAAAUGGGGAGCAGAAAAGAAAUGAAGAUUAAGGGCCAUGUUUAUUUGCAAAGGAUUUUAGAUAGUUGCUUGCUACAAGGGCCCAAUGGCAAGAACAUUGUAAUGAUGCAUGAUGUUGUGAGAGAUAUGACACUGUCUUUGAUAGCAAAAGAUCAUGGGUUUUUUGUGAAAGCUGGUAUGAAAUUGAAGGAGCUACCAAAUGAACUAGAAGAGGCUCUAGAUAUGGAGAAGGUUUCCUUGAUGGAGAAUUUCAUAUCUAAAAUACCUCCAGAAAUGUCUCCAAAGAGUAAAAAGCUCACAACCUUGUUAUUGUCAGGUAACUCCUUGGAAGAAAUCCCUGAAUCUUUCUUCAGCCAUAUGCAUGCACUCAAGUAUCUUGACCUUUCUAGAAAUCCUAUCAAAAUUUUGCCAAAUUCCAUCUCCAAUUUGGAGAAUCUGACUGCAUUACUACUUUCGGAAUGCAAAAAUUUAGAGGAGGUUCCCUCUUUAUCGAAACUUCUAGCUUUAAAGAAGUUGAACCUUGAAAAAACAAAAAUCAAAGAGGUUCCUCAAGGUAUGGAAUUCUUGGUAAAUCUAAGGUAUCUCAAUCUUAGAUUCAUUUCGUGUUUAGAAGAGAUCCCGCAAGGUCUUUUGCCGAAACUCCUAUGUCUUCAAUACUUGGCAAUACAUCCAACACUGUCAAGACCAGAGGAGAUAAUGGAAUUGAGCAGGUUGGAAACAUUUGAAGGUAGGUUUGCUGAUCUGCAAGACCUAAGCAAAUAUGUUGACUUUCUUCUGGAACAAAGUCAAAGGAACAUCAAGUACUUCAUUUUGGUGGGCAAGACUGUUGAGUAUAAGUUACAUUCUUGUACCAACUCUGUCACAGUAAAAGAUUGUAUCACCGCAGGCAGUCGUGUGCUUCCUUCGAAUGUCGAGGAAUUCGGAAUUGAGAAGUGCAAUGACUUGAGCAGCUUAAAUGGAGUUUCUGGACUGCAAGUGGCAACCUUUUUGAAAAAAUGCAGAAUUGAGGAAUGUGAAGGGCUGGAGUCUGUUUUUUCCUCUAGUUGUCCUCCACUUAAAAGCCUCGAGUCCCUAGUUCUUCGGCAUUUGAAGAAUCUGAAUGUCCUAGUUGCGUAUCCAGAUCCAUUCCUCCAAGCCUUUUCUUCUCUUAAAGUACUUUUCUUAGUUAAAUGUCCCAAAAUAAAGAUUCUGUUCUCAACUAAGCUGCUGCUGCUGCAACAUCUCAUCAACUUGGUACAAGUCAUUGUUUGGGGUUGUGAUCAAAUGGAGGAAAUAAUAGAAUCAGAAGAAGAAGAAAAAGGAGAAAUCGUUAGCGAUACCACUGAAUUUACAUUUCCAAAUUUAAAGGAACUGGGAUUAUGGCAUCUACCAGAAUUGAAGAGCAUUUGCAGCGCAAACAGAGUAAUGCUUUGUGAAUCUCUCCAAAAGCUUGAGAUAUGGAAUUGUCCGAAGUUAAAGAGGAUUCCUCUGAAGCUGGAUAUUUCCUUUGACAAUGGCAAAGUAUCUCACCAUUCUCCUCUAAAAGACAUCAAGAUGAAAUCAAAUGAAUGGAAAUCCAUCGAGUGGGACCAUCCCGAGGCUAAAAAGGCCCUUCUACCAUUAGUGAGGAUCAUGUAGCGGUCUCAUAUAGUGGAGUCAAUUGUCCAAGCUUUUCAUAACUCUCUACAUCACUGCCAUCAGAAGCAAAUUCCAGGCCUGAGUGGAGAAACAGAACUCUUGAACAAAAAAAAAAAAAAAAAAGGGAAAUGACUAUGGAUUGCAUUGAUCAUCUUCUGUAUCGUAAUUUCUUUUAUCAUCCCAACUUUAGUCUUUAAUGCUAGUUUGUAUUUGUCUGGAACCUGUUUUCUUUUUUUGUUAAGCUGUAUUCGUUCCCUGGAAAGGGUCCUUUAUGUUGUAACAUCUGAACAAUAAAUUAUGCUUCUGUUUGUACAAUUUCAGUUGAAGUUGGUACGAAAACUUUAUACCAGAACCACUGUUUUCAA